AUGUCACACACAACAAGACAGCUCCGAAAGGCUGCGCGGAUCAUCUUGAUUGGUGCACCGGGAGUAGGAAAAGGAACACAGUCCGAGCGACUGCUAGCCCGAUUUCCCCAGCUGGCUUCAAUCAGCUCGGGUGAUCUGUUGAGAGAGAAUGUGCGCCGACGCACACCCCUCGGCCUGGAAGCAGAGGCCGCAAUGCAGUCCGGCAACCUUGUUCCUGACUCAAUGAUUCUGAACUUGAUCUCCGAUGAUAUGAAAUCCAAGGGCUGGCUCCUCCCACCACGCACAUCCUCAGUACAACCCGCAGCAUCCUCGUCAUCUUCUUCCCUAGCCGAUACUCCCUCCUCCCACUCAAUCGAUUCCUCAGCCUCCUUUAUCCUCGACGGGUUUCCCCGCACUGCGGCUCAGGCAACAACCCUGGACAGCCUAGUACCGGUCAACUUUGUCGUGCACCUCAUCACUCCACCAUCAGUGAUUCUUGCCCGCAUUGCAUCGCGCUGGGUCCACGAGCCCUCAGGUCGGGUGUAUAACACAGACUUCCACCCGCCCAAGGUGCCGGGCAGAGACGAUGUUACGGGCGAGCCGUUGACGCAGCGAGAGGAUGAUUCUCUUGAGACAUGGAAGCAGCGUCUACGGAAGUUCGAGGAGACGAGCAAAUCCCUUCUGGAGCACUAUGACCGUCAACGGUGUCUAUUCCGUGCGGAGGGUAACAGCUCCGACGAAAUCAGCCCAAAGCUGUUUGCCGAGGUUGAGCGGCGGUUCUGCUGA